GGAUGGUGUCACAAUUCGUGCCACAAAAGCGGCUCAAUAUUCGCACACAACAGUUUACAAAUACUCGGAAUCAAAGAUACAGAAGUAAGCUCAGUAUUUCCUGCAUUAUAUAGUAAGCAUGUGCCGAAUAGUAUUUUAAUAUUUUAUCAAGUAUCAAGCUUCAUACGGUCAUUUCCUGAUGGUUUGUUUUCUGCAUUUAUGCAACAUAUUCCCGGUGCCAGCGCUUGUCUUUGAGUGAUGUUUUGCAACAGGAGUUAAAAUCGUUAUCACCUUAGUGACGGUGUAAACAAAAAACAACACACACUCAGCAUUGACAUCAGCUUAUGGCGUUCGCUAGCGGCCAUAGGAUGUAGACGCAUGACGAAAGAACAGUCUACAUAUUCAGACAUGUUGAUGUGUCAUGUACUACUUAUCAUGCUGGUAUGGAAUGUCAGAGGUGACCCAAUAUGUCCAUGGGGCACAUAUGGAGACUCAUGUGACAGAAACUGUUCUGAACACUGUAGCGUAUUUCCUGGUCGGAACAUUGUUCACUGUGACAGGGCCAGUGGACGUUGUUCCGAAGGAUGUAUUCCAGGCUGGUAUGAUGCUACAUGCAAUAAAGAAUGCAGCAAGAACUGUAUCAACAACAUCUGCAAUCACGGAGAUGGAGCGUGCACAGCAGGAUGUAAAGACGGCAAAACAGGAACCUUCUGUGAAGAGGAACAACUUAACACAAAGGCGAAGGAGAGCACAGCAGACCUGUCCUGGAUGAGUAUCGCUGUUGCAGCUACAGUUCCUAUAAUCAUCAUCAUAAUGAUCUGUGCGGUGGUUGUAUAUUGGCACCAGAAAUAUUGGAAAAGACAAAGAUUUAUGGCAGUGAAAACAUGGAAUACCCAGGACCUCGAAGGGUUACUCAACACUCCAGUUCCUAACGAACCACUCCAUAAGGCCAGUGCUGAGGGGGAUCUGGACCGCGUGAAACAGAUCAUGAGUUGUGGUUUAAAAAAUGUCAACACCCGAGGGUUGUACGGAUUGACACCGCUGAUGUUGGCAGCACAGAACGGACACUAUGAUGUCUUUGAAUAUCUUCACACAGAAGGAGCUGAUAUGACAUUAACGGAUCGUGAUGGGGACCACAUUCUUAGCAUGGCCUGUGUGGGGGGCAAUAUAGACAUAGUGAAGUAUGUUGUCUUAAAGGAACCUUUCCUUAAUAUUAACAGAGGGAGAACAGAUGGACGAACGGCGUUGAUGUGGGCAGCACGACAUGGAAAUAAGACCAUGUUUGACUAUCUUCUGGAAAAAGGAGCUAACUGUUCAUCUGAGGAUAUCGAAGGCGAUAACGUCCUUCAUUAUGCCUGCUAUGGAGGACACAUUGGAAUCGUUAUGGAUGUCAUCGCCAAUACCACAAUUGAUAUCAACAGUAGUGACGUAUAUGGAAGGACAGCAAUGAUGGUGGCAGCUGAGCACGGCCAUAUAGAGGUAUUUGACUUUCUUGUUAGGAAAGGGUGUGACAUAUCACACAAAGAUAAGGAAGGUAGCAACAUACUCCAUGUAACAUGCCGUGGAGGACAUGUGAAGAUGGCUGAGCAUGUCCUCUCACGGGGAGAUUUUGACAUCAACUGCAAAGGGCAGUGUGGUCGCACACCACUGAUUUUGGCAGCAUUCUAUGGACACAGAGAUGUAUGCGACCUAAUUUAUGGAAAGGAAGCUGAUGUAUCACAAGUUGAUAACAAGGGAAACAACAUCCUACAUGUGGCUUGCAUGGGAGGACACCUUGGCAUGGUGCAGUAUAUCCUGUCGCAGGACAUAGCAGACAUCAACAGUCACGGACAAGAUGGGCGGACGCCACUGAUGUUGGCCACACAGUGGGAACAAAGAGCAGUGUUUAAAUUACUUAUGCAUGAAGGAGCUGAUCUAUCACAAGUGGAUAAAAAAGGAAACAACGUUCUUCAUCUGGCCAGUAAAAUAGGAAGUAUGGAGAUUGUCCAACAUGUUCUGAGAGAGAAUACUCUUGACAUCAACGCAGGAAACGGUCGUGGUGAAACAGCAGCCAUGAUUGCAAAGCGUGAAGAUCACAUGAAAUUGUAUGAGCUACUAGUGUCAAAAGGAGCUAAUGCAGUCACCAAUCCUCGCUUGCAAAAACAAAAACUGAGGUGUUAAACCUGUGCGAGGGUUGGGGUGUGAACUAACAGAGGAACGCGGAUAUGGUUAAGAUAUGCACAUAGAUCACGAUCGACAUGUGACGAUGUAUUCGGGUAGAUCACAUGUUUGAAGGUGAGGUGUUUUUAACUUAUGAUAUUAUUUAUUUUACUUUGUAGAUAUAUAAUUGUAGAUAAGGAGACUUAUUUUGGAAUGAACUGUCUCUUCCCGUUAAGCUAACGAAAUGGUGUAAAAUGGUGACUUUUGGUCUGAUGAUGUUUACAUUAAGAACUUUGGUAAGACAAACGAUAUCUCGUCAGAAACUCAAAAACGUUCAGUGUAGAACGAGUUCAGGUACGUUAAAGUGUACACACAACCUGAAAAUGGUGAUUAUACACAAAACGUUAAGUUGGAUGAAAAGCUGUCAGUACUUGCAAAUAAGGUUGGCAAUGUUUUAGUUUCAACAGUAGGCUGUAAGUGUUACUGUCCAAUGUCUAAGGAUAACGCGACAUUUCAUACCAACUUAUUUUACAUGUAUCAGUACUAUGUGGUCUGUGACGAUCUUAAAACAUUUCUCGAAAUAAAGUCCAGAUAGACACGUAUCAGCGUCA